AUGACGGCUCACUGGAGGAAUCCCGUAGGAACCCUGCUGGGGGUGUUCGUAGUUGGGGUGGCAGUGUUAGUGGCGUUGCUGCUAAUCAGGACGUACACCUUGGCAGAAACCAAAAGAGUCUGGCUGGACAAAGGGGCUCUGGAAGCCGAGCUGACCCAGGAAGAGAGAGAACAACUCCUAGAGGCACUGAAAGGUGAGUGACUGACUGCUGUGAGUUUCGAGCCCCAGCAUGCUCAUCAAACCUGAUGCUUGUAAAAUAGGGUGGUUGGAACCCCAUUGUUUUUUAAUUGAAAUAGCAGGAUCAUAGUACUUACCUGAUUUUAGAAGAAACUUCUUAUUUGUUCUUAAUUAUUAUUUUUUUUAGAAAGAAAAAAAUAAGCUUCAAAUGCUCUGAAUCUUUUUAUCUGUAUAUUGUCAAUAUUUUCAUUGACCGUUCUGGGAUUAUAUCAGUGUUGCAGUAACUUUAUUUUUAUCAGCAAAUCUUUACAGACAAUAUAUUAUGUAUGAUGCCAGCAAUCUUUUGGUGCUUCCUCUAGCUAAGUAGUUUGGGACUGGCAGCCUUGUGUUCCAUGUAAAAGCAUCACACGUGCCAUAUGUUGACUACCCUUGCACUAAACAAUUUAAGGGUUACGCAAACCCCCAUUACUGGUAGACGUAUGUAUGUGCAGUGUUUCACUGGCAACAGGCGUGAUCUUCUCCAUUGCAGAUAGAGUGCAGUGUAAACCUGCUGGGGUCAUGUUCUAAAAUUCUAUCCCUCACAAGCAUUGUCCACAAAGAUCCUGAGGUUUAGAACUGGAUUCUGUUGGGUUGUGAUGGCAUAGAGUAAAAGAAAAUUAAAGGCAAAGGUAUCUGAAGAAGGGUCAGGCAGGAAUCAGAUUCAGAUGGUCCAGAGAUCAGGAGAGACAGCAAUCAGUGGAAUCGGCAAGGCAAGCAAAGUCAGAAACCAUCCCAUGAAACACAGGGAGGCAAGCACUAGAAGUGCUGAGACAAGCAACAAAACAACCAAGCACUUACUAAAAGGUGUGCAAUGAUUAUAAAGGGGUGGCUCACAUAACCUGUCUCAACUGUAGGAGGUUGUCUGAGGUCAAUAUGGGAAUCAGCGCCAUCUUGGAUACAUCAUCAUCCUUGCUCCAUCACCAGCCAUGCCUCCUCCAAAUUCUGACCCGCAGCAGCCACAGUCACUUUGACUACAGCAGGCUGACCUCCAGCCCAUUGAGGAUGCCCUAUAGCGGGUUAGUACCGGUGGAAAGAGGAAGAUAACACUUCAUUGCAGACAUAGGUUGUGGUAUGCAUUUUUUUUUUUUUUGACAUAACUCUUUCUGUUGUCCUCCCCUCACCAGCUAUCAGGGCCGCCAUCAGGGGGUGACAACCAUAACAGUUGUCACGGGCCUGGGUGGCCCACACACUUAGGGCCACCCGAUGGGCCCUAUAUCCUCAGGGGCCCGGUCAGCGCUGUGGCCGUAGUAUAGCGCGACCGGGCCCCUUUAAAAAAAGUGGUCACUUCCUCCCAGCUCACUCCGCACGGGAGGAGCGCGCGCCAGUGAAGAGGGAGAGCCAGGCAGUGAAGAGGGAGCCACGCCGACUCCCAUCAUCCCCAGCCACCCUCCUGCAAAGAAAACGUAAGAGACAGUAGGGUGGCUGGAAAAUGAGCUGUGUGUGUGUGUGUGUGUGUGUGUGUGUGUGUGUGUGUGUGUAUGUAUGUCUGUAUGUAUGUCUAUGUAUGUCUGUCUGUAUGCAUGCGUGUAUGUGUGUAUGUAUAUAUGUAUAUAUGUAUAUAUGUCUGUCUGUAUGUCUGUAUGCAUGUAUGUAUGUCUGCAUGUAUGUCUGUCUGUCUGUGUGUAUGUCUCUGUAUGUCUGUAUGUAUGUCUCUGUGUGUCUGUCUGUGUGUCUGCGUGUAUGGAUGCAUGUCUGUCAUUAUAUAUGUAUGUCUGUAUGUCAGUAUGAAUGUAUGUCUGCAUAUCAUUAUGAACGUAUGUCUGUAUAUAUGCAUGUAUGUCAGUCUGAGUGUAUGUAUGUAUGUAUGUCUGUAUGCCAUUAUAAAUGUAUGUCUGUGUAUGUCUGUAUGCCAUUAUGAAUGUAUGUGUGUAUGGAUGUCAGUGUCUGUAGGUCUGUCAGUAUGUCUGUAUGUAUGUAUGUCGGUGUCUGUAUGUAUGUAUGUGUCUUUAUGUCCUCAUGCAUGUGUGUCUGUAUGUAUGUUAGUAUGUGUCUGUCUGUCACUAUGAAUGCCUGUGUGUAUGUCUCAGUAUGUGUGUGUCAGUAUGUAUGCCUGUAUGCGUGUAUGUCUGUUUCAGUAUGUGUGUCUGUUAGUAUGUAUCUGUGUCCUUUUGUAUCAGUGUGUGUUUGUGUCUGUGUGUGUACUCCUGUGGGUGGUAUUUGGAGGCGGACCCAGUGGGUGGUAUUUGGAGGUGGGUCCCAGGGGGGCCCAGACCCUGAGCUGAGUUAGGGGCCCCAAAAUUUCUGGUGGCGGCCCUACCAGCUAUGGUUACACGCAACGCUCUAAAUGCUGGAGCUCACAGGAGUCAUGCUUGGUCAGGCACUUUCCAAGCUUUAAGGUGGCUGCAGCAAUGUGUUUAGACCAUCUUUGGCAAAUGAGCGCAAUGGCUGGCCCCCUACAACUUCAUACCUGGCGUCAGCUAUGUGCUGGUCUCAGCAGCCAGAAAAGCUGAAAGCUCCAGCAAACUUGUUAUGAUGCUUAGAGGGUUUCUCAAGGAAAAUAACAGACAGCAUUCUUAAAUAAACCAGUAAAUUUGCAGACAUUUGUUAAUUUUAGGACAAUACAUCCAAAGUGAAAAAAAAAUCUAUUUUUCCAAUUAAUUUAUUGUAAAAUAUUUUAAUUCCUGCAUGUUGAUUAUGCAAAACUAUAAAGGAGCUGAGUUUCAGUAUGUAUUUUUCAAACUGUAAAAUAAUGUAAGAAAGGAAGAACUUGAUGAACACAUGUCACUUUUCAGCUGUAACUAUAUUUAUGUCCUCUUUUUGUUAAAUGUGUGACAGGUGCAAUCCGUAUCCCCACUGUAUCAUUCUCAGAAACAGAACAAAAUAACACAGCCUUGGCAGAGUUUGGACAAUAUAUUCGCAAAGGUACUAAUAUUUCUCUUUUUACUUCUUUUUUUCAUUCCCAUUUGCUACAGUGGCUUCAUGGUAUAAUAUUUUUUGGGCCUUACCCAACUGUUGCCAAAAACAAUUUAUCAUGCCAAGCCAUCAUCUUUUGUGGGAGGUGUGAACCUUUAUGCUAAAGCUGGAAAUAUGAAUGAAACUUUAUAAAACACAAAGAGCAACAAUGUUUAUCAGUCAAAAACGUACCAAAUUAAUAGCUAAAACAAUGCUACAAUAUUAACAGGAAAUAUUAGCUGGGUUAUUUUGUAAUGUUCGAAUUGUAGGGAAUACAAAGUGACUUUCGAAUUUGAGGCAGUAAUAGCAUAACUAGUAAAUACAUGGAAAUCUUUCAGAUCUGGCCAGAUUGCACUUAACCCAUGCCUGCCUGUACCUGCCUUGGUUAACCCAUGCCUGCCCAAACCUACCUUGGUUAACCUCUGCUUUCCUGUACCUGCCUUGGUUAACCUCUGCUUUCCUGUACCUGCCUUGGUUAACCCAUGCCUGCCUGUUCUGGCCUUGGUUAACCUCUGCUUGCCUGUACCUGCCUUGGUUAACCCAUGCCUGCCCAAACCUACCUUGGUUAACCUCUGCCUGCCUGUACCUGCCUUGGUUAACCUUUGUCUGCCUGAACCAGUCGUGGUUUCUUCUUGCCUGCCUGGUUCUGAUCUGGACCAUGUGGUAAACCUUUGCCUAUUUGUUAAACCAGCCAAAGACUUAAUACUUUUAUUUUGCUGAUCCUACCCGGAUUAUCCAAAUUAGGACCUUACUUUAUUUUCCUGCUCCUAGCCCUGCACUAUAUGGUUUUGUCCUUAAACUUUCCAGUCUAGUCUAUUUGUUUAAUGUUUUCGCUAUCAUAUAUAUGUUAUGGCCACAACAGAUUAUAAAUGAUGUCAUUUGUAAUAUAUUGGUCCAGUUAUAUUAAGGUACAUUUUGCAAAACAAAUGUGUAGGAGUGUGAUCUCUCUCUACAUAUAUCCAGUGUCUUGAAAAAGGCACAGGGAACUGUUGACAAACUACAUACCCAUCAUGAACUACCACCAGUCUGUGCUAAAAAGUUUAGUUGAUGGAAGAUCAUGGAAUUUGUACUUUGGCAACAACUGAUGGGAAUUGGUGUAUAUAUGUCGUUUAAUUUACUUUUUCUCAUUAGUUUAUCUUUUAGAUUUGGUACACUGUAUUUUAAUACUGUAUGUUUUCUCCCCAGCCUUCCCUCUUGUCUUCUCUUCCAGUUUAAUCCAACAUGAAGUUGUGGGUGGUUAUAGUCACCUUUUUACCGUUCGAGGCUCAGACAGCAAUUUACAGCCAUACAUGCUUCUCGCUCACUUUGAUGUGGUGCCAGCAACCCCCGAAGGCUGGGAGGUGCCACCAUUCUCUGGUGAGGAGCAUAAUGGAUAUAUCUAUGGAAGAGGAACUAUUGAUGACAAAAACUGUGUGAUUGUAAGUUUGAAAAAGGUCCAUCACUGGUUUAUAGCACUUUAUCUCAAUCCACUAAACAAAAUGAAUGGUAUUAUAGUAAAUAUAGAAUGCUGAGAAGACUGAGGUAUUUGGGGACUGUUACAGUAUCCAGUAACUUAAAUGCUUGAUACUUAUUUCCUCAACUAGAUUGAUGAUGUACGUUUAACCUGCAGACCCAUGAAUCGCAAUAGCAGUUAUUGGUGGAUGUACUCCAAUGACUCUAUUCACAUUGGUACCACACAAUAUCACCUGUGUAUUGUAAGUUCUCUAGGAGCUUUAAAGCAGCAAUAUUGAACUGUUACAUAGUCCCCAAAUGAUACAUGGGUAUCUAUAUAGUCAUAUGUGGGUCUUUUGGUGUGUUAUUAAUGAAAACAAAGUAAAGAGGGUUGUUAUGGGUAUAUCCACUAUGCACUGACAUUAUUAUUAUUAUUAUUAUUAUUAUUAUUGUGACUUAUUAAUCUUACAAAACGUCUGUUUCAGAAAGACUUUUUAAUGUAUUUGCAGCUUAUUAUUAUUUUAUUACUGGUGUAUAAUGAUACAUACUUUCUUAUUAAUGACUUGUAAUACUUUAUUUACUAAAUGCAUAUUGUUUUUAAAUAAACUAAUGUAAUACAUCAUUUCUCUUUACUUUAGGGGAUUCUACAGGCACUAGAAUUACUCCUGAAAAGGGGCUACAAACCACGUCGCUCCUUCUACAUUGGAUUUGGCCACGAUGAAGAGGUAGAGUAUGAAUGCAUUGAAACCUGUAAGGGGAGGGGAAUACCUGUUUUAGUAAUGUCUUCUGCUUAUAAGAGGUCAUUUUGUAGACCUUGUACUGGAUUUAUUCUAGAUCUCAGGUAAUUAUGGAGCCGUGAAGAUUGUGGAGAAAUUACAAUCCCGGGAAGUAAAGUUGUCAUUUCUAUUGGAUGAAGGUUUGGCAGUUCUUGAUGGUGUAAUCCCUGGCACAAAGAGACCCAUUGCCCUGUAA